UGUCGAUGGCGCGCUUGAAAGUAAUCGCAGUAGACUGUUCGCCUUUGUUAGCCCAAGAAGAGAAGACACAAGCGCUGUACAGCAAAUACUUGCCAUCCCAAGAGAUCAAGACACUACAGCGUUUCCGCCAAUUCCAUGACAAAGCACGCUCGGCAUUGGGGCGCAUUCUGCUGCGCCAAACGCUCUUAGAGUACACUGCGAGUCCCGCCGCAACUCCGCGGGACUUUGUUAUUGACGCCCAACCUGGACAGAAGCCCAGGCUCACCAAUGCGUCUAUUUGCCCAACAGUCAGCGACUUUAACAUUGCCCAUGAUGGGUCGUGGAUCGUGGUUGGAGUCACCGAAACUGGUCUUAUCGGUGUCGACGUAGCUCAGGCCAGGCUCCACGGUGGAGAGAGUGCAGAUGAUUUAGCGACCAUCUUUGCUUCGGAGCUCACGACUGAUGAGCAGCAGUACUUGAAGUAUAAAAGCCCAAACAAGCUGCUCGAUUUCUACACCAUAUGGGCUGUCAAGGAGGCAUACGUCAAGGCUACGGGCGAAGGGAUAUUGGGCGGCUUGACUCGGAUCAAUGUUGUCAUGGAAAACGGCUGCCUUGUGGAUACUGAGGUUGAUGGGAAGCGGUGCCCGCUGGCAAUCACCACCAGGGCUAUUGACGAUGGGCAAUAUAUAAUUGCUGUUGCCUGCGACCAUGCCAGCGAUAUCCAAGUAGUUCCAGUUUGCAAUUUAUUGUAAGCUAUGCCUAGUAUUAGUAGCGUCUGGGUUUCUCAUCAACUGAAUUUCCACCACCGAACACGGUAAUGUUCGGUGAGUCUGCAUAUAUAUCGAUGCCCAUAUCAUAUUGUCCGUUGAACUCGU